CGCCCCGUCCCAGUCCUCACAACUCAACAGCCUCUCCGCUCUCCACACCAUAGCCCAAGCGUUCGCUUCCCAUCGCGUCCCAUCUCCUCUCUGAACCAGCAAUCAACAACAACAGCCAGAUGGCUCGCUUCGCCGUGGUCGCCGCCGUCAUCGCGCUCCUCGCCGUCGCCGCCGCCGCGCAGGGCCCCAUGCCGGCGCCCAGGAUGGCCCCGCUCCCCGCACCGCCGGCGAGGUCGCCGGCCACCGCCCCUGCGCCGGUCGCCACCCCGCCCACCGCCGCGUCGCCGUCCCCGAUGGCCUCGCCCCCGGCCCCGCCCACCGACGCUCCCUCCGCGAUGACGCCCUCCGCGGUCUCCGCCACGCCCACCGGUGCCCCCACCGGCGCCCCCGCGAGCUCCGCCGUGUACUCGUCCGCCGCCAGCUUCGUCGCCGUCGCCGGCGCGGUCGCAGCCGCCAUCAUGUUCUAGAUGUGGCGAGGGUCCUGAGCUGAUCUUCGACCUGCCGCCGCCGUGGGGCUCUGAGUCUGAUCCAACGUUGUUUAUACUCCGACGAGAUUCUUUUUCGGUUCUCUUUGUUGAGCUGGGGAGUGAGUUAUAUGUAACACCGCCGUGUUGCGCUACACAUGCGCGAGAUUAUCAUCAUCAAUAGAAUUCUUUCAUUUGUUA